AAACGCUACUCAGGUCCCAGUGACUGAGAGAGAGCCGACUGGCUUCAGGUGAGUAUCAGCUCUAUCUGCUCGCAUCUAUAAAGCAAGCCCAGGACGCUGUAGAAAACCCUCGCCUGCCGAGGGAUUCUCUUUCUUGAGAGAAACCAAGAGUGUCAUUGAUCGAGCUAGAGGCUUGUUCGCUCGUGAGUUCAUUCAGCUUUGACCUGGUUACUCAAGGUCACUUUGCUAGAAAUCUACUUCCUUAGUUUUCCAGUUCCCAGUUAGGGUAUUGGGAGGGUGCACUGAGAUGGCAGAGAUCUAUUGACCGUCAUUCUCCAACCUUUUACAGGUAUACUGGAGAAUGAUCAACUGAGACAACCAGAGCAAAGUCCACGCGCCCCCCGACCCUCGCCUUGGAAUUAAUGCCAUCGCUUUGAACUAGAACUGAGAAUGUGGUUCCUGUUGAGUCAUUUUUUUGCAUUGUCAUUCAUUUGCUGCUUGGCAGAAGACAGUAGGCAGCAUGGACCAGUGUUUGAAGAGCAACCACUCCCUACAAUCUACCCAAAAGAGUCUGAGGAGGCAAAAGUGUCUCUAAACUGCCGGGUUCGGGCAAAUCCCCCCCCAGUUUACAGGUGGAAAGUGAACAACCGUGACAUUAAUGUGGAUGAUACUCGUUACAAUAUGAUUGGUGGUAACCUUGUUAUCAACAACCCAGAAGAGGUCAAGGAUCGUGGCAAAUAUCAGUGUCUUGCAACAAACAAGUAUGGAACUAUCGUCAGCAAAGAAGCCAGCCUGCAAUUUGGAUACCUGGAGAGAUUUCCGACAGAGGAACGCCAAGCUGUGGAAGUGAAUUUAGGAGUUGGAGUCAUGCUUCUUUGCGCUGCUCCUCCCCAUUUCCCAGAUGACCUCACCUAUCGGUGGCUACUGAAUGAAUUCCCCAGAUUCAUCAUGUCUGACAAACGUCGUUUUGUCUCUCAGACCACUGGGAAUCUGUACAUUGCAAAAGUGGAAGAGAGUGACGUGGGCAACUUUUCCUGCAUUGUCACCAGCCCGUCCAUUUCCAAAAGUGUUUUCAGCAAGUACAUUCCUCUCAUCCCUCAGACUGUUGGUGUUGUGAAGAGAUAUCCUGCUGACAUCAAAGUCAGGUUCACCGACACCCAAGUCCUGAUGGGCCAGAACCUCACUCUCGAAUGCUUUGCACUUGGAAACCCAAUUCCUGAGAUCCGCUGGUGGAAACAGGAGGGAAGUUUGCCGAGCAGUGCUGAGCUGCUCAUCUACAACUCGGUGCUAAGACUCACCAACAUCCAGCCUGAGGAUGAAGGGACCUACGUGUGUGAAGCAGAAAACUCCAAAGCAACAGACCGUGUUGAGGGACGGCUCACCGUACACGCUCAUCCAUACUGGAUUCGGCCGAUCAAUGACACCAUGCAAGACAUCGGGAGUGACUUCACCUGGCACUGUGAAGCAGGAGGCAAGCCUCAACCCACUUACAAAUGGCUUCAUAAUGGAGAGGUUGUCUAUGGGGCCCGCUUCCGAGUGGUUCGAGGGGAGCUGCGUAUUUCCCGACUGACUCUGCAAGAUUCCGGGAUGUACCAGUGUGUGACAGAGAACAAGUAUGGAUCCCUGUAUUCCAGCGCGGAGUUGAAAGUUCUCGUUUUGGCCCCGGACUUCAGGCUGAACCCAGUGAAGAGGAAACUGCUGGGGGCCAGGGGAGGUAAAGUGCUGAUGGAUUGCAAACCCAGAGCUGCUCCCAAGCCGACCUUCACAUGGACUAAAGGCACUGAGCUCAUCAAGAAUAAUUCCAGGAUGUCCAUUUGGUUCAAUGGCACUUUGGAGAUCCGGGAUCUGUCCGAGGCUGAUGAGGGAGUCUAUACCUGUUUUGCAGAGAACAACAGAGGAAAGGCUAAUAGCAGUGGCACUUUAAUAGUGACAGAACCGACUAAAAUCACCCUUGAGCCAUCGAACAUUGAUAUUACAGUGGGGGAAAAUGGCACUAUGGAGUGCCAUGCAUCCCAUGAUCCCAUGCUGGACCUGUCACUAAUCUGGUCAACAAAUGGCUACACGAUUGACUUUGAGAAAGAGAAAGACUACAUGGAACGCAAGAUAGAGAAUAGACAGAGUGGAGAAUUGUUCUUUAAAAACGCGCAGUUAAGGCAUACUGGGAAAUACACCUGCACUGCUAAAACCACCGUCGACAGCGUGUCCGCGUCUGCAGACCUGAUUGUCAGAGGUCCCCCGGGACCCCCUGGAGGGGUGCGAGUUGAGAAUAUUGGAGACACCUUUGUGACCUUGACCUGGAGUCGAGGAACAGACAACCACAGCCCAAUCUCUAAGUACACUAUCCGACAGAAGUUCGUCGAUUCUGAUGAAUGGAAAGAUGCCAGGACAGAUCCUCAGGAUAUAGAAGGCAACAUGGAAACAGCAAAGGUGAUCGAUUUGAUCCCAUGGAUGGAUUAUGAAUUCAGUGUCGUGGCAACCAAUACCCUGGGCUUGGGAGAACCCAGUUUGCCAUCCGCUAAAAUCAGGACAGCUGAAGCAGCUCCCACCGUGGCUCCGUCUGAUGUUGGAGGAGGUGGCGGAAACCACCGGGAACUGACAGUGACGUGGACGCCUCUACCAAGGGAGUACCAUUACGGAAGCAGCUUUGGUUAUAUCGUUGCCUUCAAGCCAAGUACAGCAAAGGAAUGGAGGAAAGUUACGGUGCCCAACCCUGAAGGCAGCAGAUACGUUCACAAAGAUGACUCUUUAUCUCCACGCACUCCAUUUGAAGUCAAGGUCAAAGCUUUUAACAGCAAAGGAAAUGGGCCGUUUAGCCUGUCUGCAUUGAUAUAUUCAGCAGAGGACGAGCCUAGUGAAGCUCCUCAACAAGUGACUGCCAGGAGCCUCUCAUCUUCUGAAAUUGAAGUGAUGUGGUCAUCGGUGACCGAACCAUCAGUGGAAGGCUAUGAAAUCAGGUACCGAAGGGACAUUGAUACUGAGGCAGCUGCUCAGCGAGUAAGAACAAUUGGAACUGACACGAUGGCCAGGAUCAGAGAUCUUAAACCCCACACACGUUACUAUGUAGAAGUCAGGGCCUACAACAAAGCAGGAGUUGGCCCCUCAAGUCAACAAAUUGCAAUCACAACAAGGAAAGCACCUCCCAGCAUGCCUCCAAAAAUAAUCGACACCGCAAGGCUCGGUACCUAUUUCAGGAUUUCCUGGGAAGCAGUCACACCUUUGGACAAUGAGUCGAAUGUGGAGGGCUACAAGGUACUUUAUAGAAGAGCUGGCACAGUAAACAGUACGCUGUUACAGACAGUCGGACACAACAUAAAUAUACCGAUUCACGACGAGGGAGACUACAUCGUGGAAGUACGGGCCUAUGGGGAAGGAGGAGAUGGAGCAGUGAAUUCAGUCAAAAUUUCUAAAAGUUCAGGAGUCAAUGCGCAGGUCUCCUACAUCUUGCUCAGUUUCGGCCUGAUCUUUGGUGCCGUCAGCUGCCUGGAGCUGUGAUUGUAACCAACAUUAUCUUAUCUUCACAUCAGUAAGGAGCUCUCCAUGAGAUGACUGAAUCGUCUCAAGCCUGUAAGGACCUUGGCUCGCUGCAGACAUCUCUGGUACCAUCAAAAGCCAAAUAUAAUAUGAAUUUGAAAGACUUUAUUGAAUACUUCAAGAAGACAGAAGGCAAGAGGAACUCCACCUUUCUCCCUCUCCCUUCUGACCCAACCCCUCCCUCAAACCCAAACCCCACACAAUACCAAGUAAACAUAACAUUGGAAGUGAUUCAAAGGAAUUCUUUUGACUUGUCCAAUAUGCCUUAUAUAAACACUUACACUGAUCUAGGGCAGUUGCAUGAUGUGAUCUAAUGGUACAAGUUAUCAGUGACAAAAUACCAUAGUUUAGAGUUUGAAGGAAAGAAUUUAAAUCACCUCACAUAGGUGCUCUAACAUUUAACAAAAAAUCUGUUAAGUGUGCUAGACAAUGAAUGCAUUGGUUGUGUAAACGUGAGUACAAGGUUAACCUUGUCAUAUACCAUGUGUCUGUAUGCUGCACUGUUCCUCAAAGUUGGCCGCAGCCGUUCUCCCAUGAAUAAGAACAUUCUUUACAGAGAAACAGUCAUAACAAAUAAAAUACAACUUUUAUUUGCACUCUUAUGGAUAUUGGACCAGAUUUUCUGUCAGAGAAGUGCACACUCUAGGUGCUUGACAUCAACUGCACAUUUUAGUCACCUGAAUAUGCAUGCUGGUACGAAGACACCUUUCAGCCUCAAUUCUCAGGUCACUUCUGAUCCGAAGCAGCGACUGUCAUUAGAAAAUACCUGAAAUAAUUAUGAAAUUGUUUGACUUAUUAAACAUAGUUCUUAAAGUAACAGUAAACGAUCUGUCUUAAAAUGUUUUCUGUUCAUAGCUUUCCUGUUUAAAAAAUAUCUUCGCACUUCCAAAUUUUUCAUCAGUAACAGCGGGGAGUCCUGGUCCUCCUCCAAUAAACAGCUAGUUAUCUCACUGCUGUUUGUGGGCUCUCUCUUUGUGCAAACUAACUCGAUAAGUUUGCUUUUCAUGAAAAUCUUAGCUUUUGAGGAAGUGAGAUUCUAAAUUUGUUAUCUAGUGUCCUAACUGAAACACCCUGUCCACAUUCUCCCCAAGUCCCAGUGUGAAAUUAAUCAGCCUUUUAUCUCUGUUGCUUGAGGGAACCUGGUGUGCACAGACUCUUUGCUGUAGCCUACUUAGCUACUGAAAAGUGGCCAGUGCGGUUAACACCAAUUGAUUGUACAUGAGUUUAUUUUAGGACUGUUUUGAGGGAUGUGAGAAAACCCAGGAAACGUCAAGUGUUUUCUCAAAUUUGAUGAACCUGGCAAGACUGAAAUCCGUUCUGGAUAUUGGAUGAAAAAUUUUGCAGGCCAAAAAAAAAUCACAGGACUGGAAGGCAGGGGGGUGCAGGACUGCAAGAAGUUGUAGGAUUGGGAGACAGAGAUGUGAUUUUUCUUCUCCUAUUGAAAGUCUUGUUUCUGCAUUCUUUGUUUGCAGAGAUAUGAAGUAUUUAGCUAGUGACUUGGUACAAAUCAACUGAUUCAGUGCCUUUUUUAAAAAAAAAAAUGGUAAUUCAGCGAACUUAUUCGGUUUCUCCCUCUUACUUACAUUUGAAAUGAUUACAAGCUAAAAUUUCUCUUCAAUUAACUUCCAUUUCAUCAUUUUCCCUGUACUCUUCCUCCUCAUCAGAUCAAACUGAGACACUCUAAAUGAUCCCUGUUUGGGUCCAACCCAUUCUCUAGUUCAAGUGAGUACUCUUGUGAGGACUGUCAUUGUGUCUGUCCAGUCUGACAACUUUAAAUCAAGAAUUUAAAUCAAGAUUCAUGAAAGAUUUUAAUACUCACACCGUAACAAUGAAACUAAAAGUACAGCUGAAGAAACAUUUUUUUUGAGCAACGUACACUUAAGGCAGCUGAGAAACCCAUUUUUACAAGCAUACCUUACAGUAUCUCAUUUGUAGUCAUUCGACUUUCCAAGGCACUUCCAAGGUGUUCCUGAGGGUUUAUAACUGUUCUUUUCCUCUCUCAGCCUUGGAAUUGGCUUUGAUUGAGAGCUUCCCCCACCCAGCAAUCCCGGAUACCUCCGACUUUUUUCUGCAUAUAAACUGACCUUUUUCCCAGCCACAUCAGUUCUGAAGAAGGGUUACCGGAUCCGAAACAUUAACUCUGUCUUUUUUCCCUUCACAGACGCUGCCAGACCUGCUGCGUUUUUCCAGCAAUUUCUGUUCCAUUUCCUGAUUUACAGCAUCCGCAGUUCUUUUGGUUUUUUUGUCCUGAAUAUCCUCCCUUUACCUCCAGCUAGAUAAAUCAUUUCUUAUUUCCGAUUCGCAUGAAUUUGGUAUUGUCAUUAUGAAUCAAAGUCCCCCCUUGCAAAACAUAACAAUCCUACACCUGCUCACCACAAAAACAUCCUUUAAUCUUUACACCCAAAUCACCCAUGCGUGUUGUUCUUCAUAAUUCAGAAUAUGUUCAAUUUAUCCUAAAUCAUAGAGCUGCAAAUCCACAGACAUAAUCUGAAAAAGCUUAUGUUUUAACAGGGCAGUUCCACAAAGAUUCAUUUCAACUCUCGGCAGCAGUGCAAGUUCACAAUCUCUCUCAGUUAUUUUUAGAUAGUGGCUCUUAAGCUGCAAUGUACAAACAGUGUCUCACCCAGGUUACUUAAUGACGUGCCAGAGGGCCCAUAGUCCACUUUGAAGCAAAUGCAAUUUUGCUCCAUAUAGCCCUAUUAAGCAAACAGUUUUGGGAGAACAAAACACUAAAAAAAAGGCUACUGGUCUUUCAUUUCUGACCUGGUUCUAUCAAGAAUUAUCCAAUUUGUUCUGAUCCCCUGCUUUUUGACUAUAGCCCUGCAGAUUUCUCCUCUGAGCGAUUUAUAUUCGUUUUUGAAGGAUGUUGAAACAACUUCCACCAAACUUUCAGACUGUGCAUUCCUUUUUGCAAUAAAAAAAACUUCUCAUGGCUUCCACCAUCCCAAAGUUUUUUUUUGCCUUCAUCUGUCUUCUGAGUCAGGUACUUAGAGAAGUAAUGAAUUCUACAUCUCAAAUGUGGCCCAAAUUUAUGAGGACAAAAUGAAAUAUAUCCUAACACUGUCAUGAACUGAGACAAUCUAUGAUUCAUGUGGAAUGGAGCAUUAGAGACCAACAGGACCUUGCUGAUAGUAUAGUUCUUUCUUCUUUCAAAAAUAAUGGCUAUUGCUCUCAAGGCUAAUUCCUGAUGCCCAUCCCUAAUUGGCCUUGAGCUGAGUGACUUGCAAGAACUUUUCAGAGGAGGGUCGAGCUAACCACAUGGCUACCGGUCUGGAGCCACGUGGACCAGACAAUAAUGGCAAAUUCCCCCUUCCCUAUAAGGACAGUCAUGAACCAGAUGGGUUUUUCUGACAAUCAACAAUGGUCACCAUCACUGAAGUUAAUUUCAGAUAUUUUAGCUUCCCUGGUGGGAUUUGAACUUGUAGUUCCUGAGUCUCUGCAUAUAGUGACAUUACUGCUUUGUAGUCACUCUCUCACUUCCAAAUUGGGACCAGAAUGACUGGCAUGUUUACUCCGUGUUUUUUUUUUAUUUUUCCUUUGGUUUACUUACCCAUCUGGACAGGGUUGGGUGAUUUAUUAAGAACUUGCAUCUGGGUAUGUUUGUUGGAAUGGAAUGGCUACUAAAAGAAAGGGGACAUUUGAGUGAGACGGUGAGCAGGUUUUCUACCGAGCAUAUUCAUGCAAACUUCCCACAAUUAAAUACGGUGCAACUGGAAGAAUUAAGCCCAUUGUCACAGAGAUCAAGAGCACUUUGGCCCGUCCAGUACACAUCAGUCAAAACCAACCACCUAACUAUUCAAAUCACAUUUUCCAGCACAUUGGCCCCAAAGCUUGUAUGCUUUGGUUAGAGUCUAUAUCUUACCCAUAUAGAAUAUAUUUUUCAUUCAAAUUAUGAAAAAAGUAACUAUGAAAAGUAAAAUUACAUUAAGAUGGUGGGAAAUUAUUUCAAUUAAACAGCAAAAAAAACAAGUAUCAAUACAGUACAGGAACAGGUCUUUCAGCUGACCAAGACUGCACCAACACAUGAUGCCUUUCAAAAUGUAAAAACCUUUGCCUGUACGCAGCCUGUGUCCCUAUAUUGCCUGCUUAUUCCUGCCUCUCACAUCACUUUUUCCCCUUUGUCCUUGAACCCGUGUUCCCCAAUAAGUAACAUUUCUAUCCUGGGAAGAAGUUUCCAACUGUCCAUUCUAUCCAUGCCUCUUAUAAUUGUGUAAAUUUCUAUCAGGCCGCCCCCUCCUCUUCCAAUAUUCAAGUGAAAACGGACGCUGGUUCUCUCAGCUCUCCUCGAGGCUAAUAACCUCCAAACCUGGCAACAUCCUGGUAAACUAUUUCUGAACCCUGUCCAAAGCCUUCACAUUUCUGACAGUGUGGAAACAUGAACUCGACACAGUAUUCCAAAUGUGACCCAACUAAAGUUCAAGAUAAAUACUGCAUGACUUACCAAUUUGUGUACUCUAUUCCCUGAGUGAUUACGGCAAGCAUGGAAUACACCUUCUUGAACACCUUAUCCACUUCCAUUGCCACUUUCAGGAAAAUGUGGACCUGUAUGUCUAGAUCCCUCUGUAUGUUGAUGCUAUUGAUGGAUCUGCCAUUUACAGUAUACUUCCUUCCUGCAGUGGACCCCUCGAAAUGCAUUACCAGAUUAAACUCCAUCUGCCAAUUCUCUACCUAGUGCCCAACCUAUUCCUAUGCUGCUGUAUCCUCUGUCAAUUCUUCUCACUAACUGCAGCUCUCCUAAUCUUGACAUCCUCUGCAAACUGACUAAUCAGCCACCUACAGUCUCCUCCAAAUGAUUUAUAUACAUUGAAAACAACAGGGGUCCCAGCACUGAUCGCUGCAGGACAGUUCACAGAUUUGGACAGUUCUCCAAUCUGAAAAAGACCCUUUCACCACUACACCUUCUUCUGUAACCAAGCCUGUUCUGUACCCAUUUUAACAGCCCAAUGCAGAUCCCACGUGACUUCACCUUUUAUAUCUACCUGCCACAGGGGACCUUGUGAAAGGCCUUUUCAAGACAAUACAGACAACAUUUACCACGCUGCCCUCAUCAAUCGUCUUUAUCAUUUGCUCAAAAAAACUUUAACAAGUCUACGAGACAUGGUCUUCCCCACACAUUAUCAUGCUUCCUGUAAUGAUGUAAGGAGGUCAGCCAGGUUGGACUUAAUAGAAUUUGAGUCCGCUGAUUGGGGCUGUUAAUCUGGUCCAAUCAGGGAGCCCUGGCAGACAGACAUAAAUAGGUGUGUCAGAGCUUCUGUUCACUCUGAUAGCUGGCUCUGAGGGAGCCAGAUAGAAAUAAAAUGCAUCGCACAUGUAAUUAAAAGGUGAAUUAGUGAUGGGAUACUGGCUUCUUUGGGGUUAUUUCACUUGCCUGUUGCUUUUUUAAUUGUUAGUAAAUCCUGCCCCUGUGAAUCUUGUCCAAUUUUCUUACCACUGAUGUAAGGCUCACUGGUCUUUGGUUAUCCCUGUUGCCCUUCUUAAACACAGGAGCAAUUUUGGCUAUUCUCCAGUGCUCUGGGACCUCUCCUGUGACUAAAGAGGAAACACAGGUUUCGUACAAGGCCCAGCAAUUUCCUCAUCUGCCUCCCUCAACAUUCUGAGAUAUAUCCAAUCAGGCUCUGGGGAUUUGUCCACCUUCAUGCUUUUCAAAACAUUCCAACAUGCCUUUUUCUUUCUUGACAUGUCCUAGAAAAUCAAUGUACCAUGGCUCCCAUCAAGACUCACCAUCCACCAUGUCCUUUCUGAGUACAAAGAUUGCAAACGUCUAUAAAGACGUGUGAAAUUAUCUGAAGCAGUAGCGUUGAUUUGGGAACAGAAUAUUUUCCACUGAGAAUUGCGGAGUGUGCAGUAGAGUCUGAAUACCAGCAUGUUCUGAACAAACCUUUGCAGUUCGUACGUAUUUUAAAUGCCACCACGGACAAACUGCAGUUAUGUCACGCACCAAUAGUCAGACAUGACCUCCAAGUGGUGAAGAAGGUGCUGCAGUAGCUGCCAAAAUGCCUGAAAAUAGCUAAUGCUUCUGUUUUGACUGUCUGUAGUGUUACAUGUUGGUGCUGUGUGAGGAAUAUAAAAUCCAUUUAUGAUUCACUUGUCAAUUAAGAUUGAAUGUGUGACUGUUACAGAUAACGCAAAUGGUGUUGAAUCAGCGGGUUAAAAUAUUAGUGCAAUGUCAUGCUUUAAAACAAAGUAAUAGCUUUUGAAUGAAAACUUAGCACAAUCUUGCUCGAUAGGGUUAGAAUUCUCUCUUAGAUUUCAUGCUGUCUCCAAGCUUCGUUAGUGAUAAAGGGUGCAGAACUGGCAACUGUGAUCUGUUAUAUGUGAUUUCAAUAGUUUUAUUAUCUCUGGAUUUUUUGCACUGUCAUUUUUAAUAUGAAUUAAAUGAGUUAUUCUGAUUUCAGCUACUCCAUAGACCUGUCUAUCUUGAUUUACGUAAUGAAGACUUGUUCAUCAGAUUGGGUAUUUGUGCACCUUUGCUCCAAGCUUUUUAUUAUUGAAUUCAUUUGUUACGACUGAUCUCUGGACAUAGAAAUAAAUCAAAAGGGUUUUGUCAAGGUGACAUCUUUCCCUCUUGGUUUCCUGGUCAGUUUUGAUAGUUGAUUGCGAUGAUGCCACAUCUUUCCAAUACAAUUUGCUUUUCUUUCCCCAUUUUUAUUGAUUAAAUUGGCCAAGCUCACAAUAUAAAAUGCAUUCUGGUUAACUGUAGGAUAUUAACAUGGUGCAUUCAUUUGAGAUAUUCUGUCAACAGAUUUAGUGGACAAUGCUAACUUUUUCAAACUAUGACCCCAUAAUGCUGUGUGCCCUGUUGUCCCGAUGCCAUGUAAAAUUACUCCACAAGAGAGUUACAGGUGAACAUCAUUCACUUGUUAUCUCUCAGAUUUAUGCCUUUGCAAAAUUAACACGUAAGGGAGUUAACCUGUGCUGUGUCGAAGCAAAAUUAUCCCACAGUCUAAUUUGAAUACUAUUCUUGCCUCUGGCUCUGUUGGGACUUCCUCCCCAAAUCUUUUCAUGAUACCUGAUGAAGCUCCCAAAAUGCACAAAUGUCUUUAUUUGUUGAAAUCACAGAAAUUCAGACCAAAAUUGAGAUGUGGCAUUGUGCAUUGGAUUAAACUGUAAUGCAAAAAAUACAUUCUUUCUACGCCCUCUUUUAUUCAGCUGAGUGCUACAGUUCUUCUCACAACCUAGGAGCACUGACUGCCUUUUUGUUAUCAACUACUGUACAGUUUUUUUGACAUCAUUAUUUCAUACAGGUAUUGUAGAUUAAGUAAGCAUUAGCUCUCUGCUGAUUUCUCAUACCUGUUCUGGUAUUAAUCUAACUCCUGGUACUGGUGUGUAACCGCAAUUCUCAAUUAAAGUUUAUAUAGACAGAAAA